UUCCACACACACCAAAUCCCCAACGCCGACGAGCAGCCACCAUGGACGCCUCCCUCUUCAUCUCCGUCGGCCUGGCGGCGGUCCUGAUCCCGCUCUCCCUCGCGCUGCUCAACCGGCUCCGCCUCGGCCGCCUCCCGCCCGGCCCGCGGCCCUGGCCCGUGCUGGGGAACCUGCGGCAGAUCAAGCCGAUCCGGUGCCGCUGCUUCCAGGAGUGGGCGGAGCGGUACGGGCCCAUCAUAUCCGUCUGGUUCGGGUCCGGCCUCACCGUCGUCGUCUCCACCUCGGAGCUCGCCAAGGAGGUGCUCAAGGAGCACGACCAGCAGCUCGCGGACCGGCCGCGGAACCGCUCCACGCAGCGGUUCAGCCGCAACGGGCAGGACCUGAUCUGGGCCGACUACGGCCCGCACUACAUCAAGGUGCGCAAGCUCUGCAACCUCGAGCUCUUCACGCCCAAGCGCCUCGAGGCGCUGCGCCCCAUCCGCGAGGACGAGGUCACCGCCAUGGUCGAGUCCGUCCACCGUGCCGCCACCGCCCCGGGUAAUGAAGGAAAGCCAUUGGUAGUGAGGAACCACCUUUCCAUGGUGGCCUUCAACAACAUAACAAGGCUGGCAUUUGGGAAGCGGUUCAUGAAUGCAAACGGUGAGAUUGAUGAACAAGGGCGUGAAUUUAAGACUAUCGUGAACAAUGGGAUCAGGAUAGGUGCAUCUCUCUCUGUUGCUGAGUUUAUUUGGUAUUUGAGAUGGUUGUGUCCACUUAAUGAGGAGCUUUACAAGACUCACAAUGAGAGGAGGGACCACCUGACAAUGAAGAUCAUUGAAGAGCAUGCUAAAGCUCUCCAGGAGAGUGGUGCCAAACAGCACUUUGUGGAUGCUCUUUUCACCCUCAAACAGCAGUAUGAUCUUAGCGAAGACACAGUUAUUGGACUUCUAUGGGACAUGAUCACUGCUGGAAUGGACACAACAGUCAUCUCAGUCGAGUGGGCGAUGGCAGAGCUGGUCAGGAACCCCAGGGUGCAGAAGAAGCUGCAAGAGGAGCUGGACCGUGUCGUCGGCCGUGACCGCGUCAUGUCGGAGACCGACUUCCAGAACCUCCCCUACCUGCAAGCCGUCGUCAAGGAGUCGCUCCGGCUGCACCCGCCGACGCCGCUCAUGCUCCCUCACAAAGCCAGCACGAACGUCAAGAUCGGUGGUUACAACAUCCCCAAGGGCGCCAACGUGAUGGUGAACGUCUGGGCUGUGGCGCGUGACCCCAAGGUGUGGAGCAACCCGCUGGAGUACAGGCCGGAGCGCUUCCUGGAGGAGAACAUCGACAUCAAGGGCAGCGACUUCAGGGUGCUGCCGUUCGGCGCGGGCCGGCGGGUGUGCCCCGGCGCGCAGCUCGGCAUCAACCUCGUGGCCUCCAUGAUCGGGCACCUCCUGCACCACUUCGAGUGGUCGCUGCCGAGCGGCACCAGACCGGAGGACGUCAACAUGAUGGAAUCCCCCGGGCUCGUCACGUUCAUGGGCACUUCGCUGCAGGCCGUCGCCAAGCCGCGCCUGGAGAACGAGGAGCUGUACAAGAGGGUCCCCGUCGAGAUGUGAGCUGCCUGCCGCCGCUUUGAAUUCACUCCUCGAUCGGCUUGGGCUUUUCUUCUUCCUGCUGUGGUUAUAUACUGCUGCCGCUUUCCUCGCCAAAAAAAAAAAUACUGCUUUCAGCUAGGUGCUUCAUAGAGUGUUGUAUAAUGUGUGGUGUUUAGUUGCAUUUUUAAUCUCAUAAAAAUGGCACACGCGGAUCCUUCAAAUGAUGAUUAUACACUCACCUUCUUUCCUUAUAGAUUUUUAAUGUCUGGUAAUCAUAAGUGAAAAUAUCGUUUUACACCAUGUA